AUGAGAGGUUCUUCCACGGGAAGCCCCAGAAUAGUUUCCACAAGUCAGUCAGUAAACAUUCUUGAUCAUGUUGAUGUUUUCCCGAGGUCCGAAAAACAAGUCUCCAAGAUUCUUCAAUCCUGCAAUCAAUAUAAGGUUCCUAUUGUACCAUAUGGUGGGGCUACAUNAAUUGAGGGUCAUACCCUGGCUCCAAAUGGAGGCGUAUGCAUCAUGUCAUCAAUGAAGAGGGUGAAAGCAUUACAUGUGGAGGAUAUGGANGUUGUUGUUGAGCCUGGAAUUGGUNGGCUGGAGCUAAAUGAAUAUUUGGAACAAUACGGUCUAUUCUUUCCUCUUGAUCCAGUACGAACUCGAAUUUCCACGUUUAUGGGUUCCAUUCAGCAAUUUGAUAACAAAAAGUCGGGUGCAGGACCUGGUGCAACCAUAGGAGGCAUGUGUGCUACACGUUGCUCUGGUUCCUUAUUCCUGAAAAUUGUGGAGGUGGGUCUUCCUAAUGGAGAUGUUGUGAAGACAGCUUCACGUGCUAGAAAGAGUGCUGCAGGAUACGAUUUGACCCGCUUGAUUAUUGGGAGGGAGGGGACUUUGGGGGUCAUAAUUGAGGUUACCUUCCCGCAACAUUCAGUGGUGGCAAUAUGCAAUUUUCCUACAGUUAAGGAUGCUGCAGACAUGGCCAUUGCCACUAAUGCAGACUGGAAUAUGGCAAACGGGAAAAACUUGACUGAAGCGCCAACUCUGAUGUUCGAAUUUAUAGGGACAGAGGCAUAUGCACGCGAGCAGACUCAAAUUGUGCAGCAGAUUGCUUCUAAACACAAUGGAUCAGACUUUAUGUUCACAGAAGAAUCUGAAGCAAAAAAGGAACUCCGGAAGAUAAGAAAAGAGGCGCUGUGGGCUUGCUAUGCGAUGGCGCCAGGUCAUGAAGCAAUGACUACUUUGCCUACUCAGCAUCACGAUUAUACUAAGCAUUAUCUUUCUAUGAAGUGUAUGCUGAUUAAUGAUGCUCUACUUUCAGUAUCGUCAUUGCACAUGCUGGAGAUGGAAACUUUCAUACAUGUAUCAUGUUUGAUNCGAACAAUGAAGAGCAGCGAAGAGAAGCAGAAAGAUUGA